AUGUUUGUCCAGCAAUGACAACUAGUAAAAUUCACAUGUUUUAGUGUAAAAAUGUUAAGCUUGGAAAGACGUAGGUAAACUUUUAGUCAUCAGUUUUGUAACAUGAAAAAAAUGUAUUAUCUUUAAAAUUUUGAUUUUGCAUGAAAUACAGUCUCAAACAAACUAAGUCUUUUGUCAGAUCUUUGUAAUUGUUAGCAAAAUACAUUGUAAUUGUAAUUUAUUUAUGUUCCAGAUGACAUGGAACAACCAAUUCAAGAAUCAUCAUGCCCGCACAGAAUAAUUUUGAGAGAUCUUUCAACGGAAGAGAAAGUGACGUUUUCAUUGAUGUUAAUAAAAGGUUCCAUCAGAAUUGGGAAUAUUAACAGUCGGUGCUUUAAUACUCAAUGUAGUGUGAUACAUUUGUCAAACACGACCACCAACAAAACAUCAGAAUGGCCUGUUGUAAAAAACAAAUUCAAAUGUUUAGCAGAUUUAUCGAAUGGCGAUAAUAAUAUUGUUUUAAAGUUUUGCAAAACAACCUUGGAAAUUAAACUGCACUACUCACCUCGCAACACCAAAUUCUGUGUUACGCCUCUGUAUAUUAUCUGUAAAGACCACAAUGGACAUUUUCAAGCACCUAAUAACUGUGACAACUCGAUCGAUACGGCUUGUCGCAAGAUAGGCGUUGGUGCUCGGCUCAUACAGUGUCUUACUGCCGAGAAACUCUACGAAAGUGGUUACGAAAGGAAGACUUUUCAGCUGGAAAGGGACAUAAAUAAUCCCAAUGAAGAGUGUGUACGGUUUCGAAGUAAUCUUUCCGUGUCUGAAGCACGUUCCAUGGGCCAGGAAGAGCUCUGGACGUAUUUCGGUCGAGAGAUCAUGUCCUCAAGUCUUAGCUCCAGUAAGCGCAAGUUCCUAGCAUUCCUCUCGUGCACUCAUUGGGAUGGUAGAGAAAAGGUGGUGAAGGCCCACGCAGCACUUGGUGGUGGUGGCCUUGCUCUGUUCGGAACUGGUUGCCUGCACACGUGGCCUUCUGUUGUCGAAGAUGUUGUGACAUGUUUCCUAGACACAACUCCUGUAGACACACAAUACCUCAUGGACGACAGUUGUUACAGAGGGACAUUUGGUUCCUGCUUCAGUACAACGCUGGGUUCCGUUUGUCAUGAGCUUGGACACACGUUUGACCUUGGUCAUCCUCGUCAGGGGAUCAUGGGAAGGGGUUUCGACAACGUUCACCUUGUUUUCGUUGCUGUCACCAGUGGGACGGUGCGAGCUGCCAACCCAAGGAAAACGAAUCCGCAGUGUUCGACUGUGACGUUGGUACACAAUUUGAACGUAGAGUGUGUAAUUGGCUCACCACUAAAACAGCGCAGCCGCACACCUGCACGUGACCCACAGCGACCCGCAGAUGGAUUAGACAGGGUGACCAACAUCAGCAACAAACAAGUGGAGGAGGAUGACGACUUGACCUAUUGGUCACCAGGCUGCGCAGCACUACUGGCUUUCCACAGGUGGUUCAACACUGAACAAGAGAAUCUGCCCAAAGACGAUCUCCACUUUGACCGUUCGAGACUGCUGCUGACGGGUAGUGCAGGCGUAAGAGUGGUGGAGGUGCGUGGGCCAGGUGGCUCAGUGCUCGGUGCGUGGCAAUUCCCCGGCACCAGGCGUCGCCAUCAGUUUCUGGUACCAGCUCAGGUUCUCAGCGGAGCACAGCUCAUUGUGGCUGAGGACUCCAAUGGGAACAUCAUAAAAGCUAACGUCUGAACGUCCUGCGCAUCUUGCUGCCGAGGGCUAGGUGCACCUAUCACCGACUGUUUAGGCUUAAGUUAGUGCAGUAUUAUCGAUUGUUAUUUAAUUAUUUAUGCUAGAAUUUAUUUGUUCCUGAGCUCUUCGACUGAUUUCGAGGUGAUGUCUGACAUGGCAUAAUUUGAAUGCUUUUUAAUCCAAAUAUUUAUUUACUCAAUGUAAACAACAAAAUAUAUAACUAUUAUUUAUUCUUUGAUAUGAGUUAUUACGUUUUAGAACUGUAUAUCUGUUCUGUUAUCAGUAACACACAAUAGGGUAUUAUCCUAUUAAAUAAACUCAGUACGUCUUGUUAAACAUAUUUAACUACUAUUUAAUUUUCAUCAUCUUAUUAUAACCCGUUCCUUCAAAUCUUAAUUAUUAUAUUCUUAUUAUUAAAAUUAGUGAGUUAAUAAAAUGUUACUUUACUCUCUCAAUGAAUACUGAAGGCAAAACUCCCACAAUGAUUUAAACAUAACAAGAAAUUGUUUUCUAUAUUUUUAUGACAGAUAUUCAGGUAAAAAAACUGACUUAGUGUCGUUUUAAUUUUUGUGUUAUUAAAAUUUAUUGAACAUGUUUUGACACAGUUAGACCUAAGAGAGAAAAUGUCUGCUCACAGUCAAAGUUUUGUCCUUUAGAUUUAACAUUAAAAUGUGUAUUUAAGAAUCAGUAAAUACACUAUACAGCCCAACUUAAUUUACUCCAUCUUACACUUGUUAUUACAAGUGUCUAAAUAUUGAAAUUCGUCGACACAGCGUUUCAAUAGUCUAAUAUCACUAUUUUUAAUCACUUGAAUAUUAAAGUUUUUGUCAUUCUCUAAGUUUUGUUUUAUCAAUAAAUAAUAUCGUUACAAAUUUUGUAAACUUGUCCUAUAUACCAGUGUUUAUCUAGUUUUCUAUUGAUUUAGUCUUAAGUUACAUGUGAUUUAAAAAUAUUGUUGUCAUACCUGGUUUAGUUAGAAAUAAUUAUUGUAAUACAUUUUGUAUAAGAAUCAGAAUUAUAAGAAUGAUUUUGUAACAUUCAAUAAAUUUAAAAAAUAAUAUUUAUUUUUGUUGUUCCAUAAGUUGUCUCAUUUCCUAUAUGGAAACAAAAUAAAAGUUUCUAAAACACCUAACUAUGAAUGAGAAUGUAUGUACAGUUUAUAUGCAAUUCUAAAAAUAUACUGUGCACUUUAUAAUAUUAAUUUGAUUGUUAUUACUAUAGUUAUUAUUUAUUAACAGUGACUAAUCAUUUAGGGUUAAAUUGUAUUAGUAUGAGUCUUAUUUUUACACAAUGAUGAGUUAUGAAAACUUUGAGUAAAUACAAAUUAUGAUAUAAUAAUUUUUAUUUGGAAUGAUACUAAUUUAAUGUAUUAAACUUAAAUAUCUUAAAAUAAAUAUAUUUAAUUUGAAUGUAAUUACUUAUGCAAGAAACUAGUAGCACCAAAAAAUACCACAUUGUGUAUUUUUUACAUCUUGGAACAAUGAAAACCUUAACCUUUAUACUUCGACUUGAAUUCUAAUUGUUAAAAAUAAAAGGAGAAAUAUUUAAGGUUUGUUCAUACUAGGAUUAAUUGUUAUUUAGUUAGUACUAAUUUAUUUUACUAAUGGAUAUUUAACGGAUGUAAGAAGAUUCCGAGACAUGUACUGUUCUGCCUGCUAUUGUUAACGAUCUGAGUCUUAGUGUAGUCUUUUGCAUGGUGUUUAGGUGUAGAUAAGAGCUUUAAUAUGAAUUAUUAAACUAAUAUUUAUUUGUAAAACAAAAUAAAUAGUUUGAAUAUUGACUUUUAA